AUGGAUAUAAAGGAUUGCGAAGAAAAAACAGUACUUCAUUAUUCCGUUGAAAAUAAAAAUAUUGAAAUUACUAAAUAUCUAGUUUUACAUGGAGCAGAUAUUAAUUUACAAGAUAAGUUAGGAAGAACACCACUACAUUAUGCAGUGCUAAAAAAUAAUAAAGAGCUUGCAGCGUUUCUUAUAUCAUAUUGCGCAGAUACCAAUAUGAAAGAUAAUCACGGAAAAACAGCUUUGGACAUUGCAAUCAAUAAUUAUAGAUACAAAAUAAUUCAACUAUUCGAUUAG